CUUCAACAACGUCUUUCAAAUCUCUAUACGCAUACUUCUAGGCAAACACAACAUAGGCAGACGCGAUGACAGAGAGGAUGCAAGCGACCAGAUGGACACUGGGUAUUGCCCAGGAGCCGCCAAAGGUUCACACGUUUAAAAACGCAUACUUCAAGUAUCACGGGAACUGGCAAAAAGGCGAUCUUGGAAAGCUUAUUAAAGACGGCCCUGGUGCUCUUCUUCUCGAGGGCGGGCGAACGCUCAUAACGUGCACAUUUGCAAAUGGAGAGAUAGACGGAAAUGGUAGAGUGUGACUUUUUUGGUUCGCAGUACCUUUAUUCCGUGGUAAAAGAGCAGUAGAGGAUGUAGUUUAGCAUUUAGCAAAGAAACUACCAUAUUCCACACAGACAAAGCUAAAGGUUAAGCCUAAAGUAAAACUACCGCGUCACGAAAUAGGCACACGAGUACGAAAAUUGUUAUCGCACAAGAGGCCAGAAAGUCUGCCACCACCGGUGGUUGAUGAGGAUUUUGCGUAUGUAACAGACUGUGAAAUUUACCGAGGACAAUUCAGUUACGAUAAUGGUUGUUGAAUUUCGCUUAAUUUUCGAUCUGAAUAUUGAGCACUCGUCGUGGUCUUGGCGGCUUUCAUUAUGCUGUAAGUAAGUACUAAUGCUAAUUAGAAAAUGCAUCUUCUAGUGAAUAAGUGGUCGAUCACCGCCACCGAGAGGACGAUGUUGCCCUCAAGGAUCGGAAGAAACUACAUUCUUUUUGUUUUUCAUAGCAUGCGUGGGGAAGCACACGGACAUGGGACGAUGGAAAAAAAUCUCUUCCGUGAGGAAGGAAGAGCGGCGUGGGAAAGAUACGAGGUCGAACUCGAGAAAAUCACCCAAAGUCUCAAUUACGGCGUCUUCUAUUUCUAGUUCGACUAGUUUGCAUACUAGACUUUCAGCUGUUCAUCUUCUGCAUGUGUAUUUUCACAGUCGUGUAUGAUUUACCGUUUCUAACGGGCAUAUUGAUUGGUGGGACUGGAGUCCUUUUUGGCAAUAGCACUUAAUCUCAAGAAAAUGAAGGGCACAAAUACAACUACUCACCUAGAAAAUACUUCUCGUAAUUUUCCUCUUCAUCAUCAGGAGCAAAACAAAGAGCGCAUGACCAAAGGUUCGGGUGGCUUGCUGGCGGCGCUAAAGUCAGGCGGUAGUAGUAGUGGAUCGCGGUCAGGGUCCGCGUCUGCCAACUCUGUUACGACACCUGGACGACAAACACUAACACUCACAGUUUUUUAGCAUGUGAAAGUGAAAGAUUUCUCAAUUAUUCUGAUUUUGAGUCUGUAAAAGAAGUAGAAGAUAGAUGACGUAAAAAUAGAUGGAGGGCAUCAUCGUCAGAGGGUGGACAUCAAAAGUGACUGUUCUACUUGCUCUCGAGUCGUAGUGGUCAUACAGCUUAAUAAUAAUAUCCACCUUGGAAAACUCCGUCUCGCUUCAUUGUCCGCGGUCCCGGUCCCUCUCGCGGGUCUGUCGGGGCCACACCUGAUCAAAGCGGCGUUCACGGCAUGAACCUCGACGCUUAUAUUAAGGCCACAGCGACUGCGAGGAUCGUAUUGAAUAAGAAGAUCAGAAUCUAUAAAAAAUACUUCUUGGGUAAGAGCCGACAAGGCACAGAUCGUUCUAAACUACUGCUCAACAGGAGUGCUUCGUUGUAAUCGUAAUGACGAUAAAAGAUCAAUAAUUUCACACUCACUACUUCAGACCUUCUAAUUCUCUGAGCAGCACCGUAGCAAAGGAUCCGCUAGCGCGUAACUCGAAGGCGUUUCACCUCCAAGAUUCCGAGAUGGGCAGCCGCGAACGGCUUCAGUCUGGCGGGAUGCUCACUUCCGUGGGCUCUCCAGGUAGUGCAGCCGGUGGAGGCGUUGCGAGGAACAAGGAAGCCUUCUCAUCAAGAAACAAAUUAUGAAGCCAAAAGGAAAUGGAAUUGAAAUUGUUCUGGAAGAAGAUGAAACCUUACUUGGUGAACACUAGUACUACAGUAUUCAGUAUUGGCGUACUAGAAGUGAAUCGACUGGUAGAUGAGGACUACAACUAGAGGGCCACUUCUUGUAGAGGACUAAUAGGACCUGAGCCUGACUGCGGAAUUACCACGGUGGCUUCUACGGUGAUCGAGAAUGGUCACAUCGGAGCUGGCACAUAGAUUCUGAUAGACUUCCUCUAAAUUGUCCGAAAAACGGCAUUUUUGUAGCCGCAAAAUCGUCACCAAUGCUGCCAUCGUCGAUGCUUGGAGGAGAUAACCUGCCUCCGGACAACGGCGAAGGGAGUCCGAGCUCCCGGGCCAUAUAUCCUCCAGGUGUAGUCGAUCGUUUACCGACAAAUGCCCAGUUUUUCCUGAUGGCCAGAAACAUGAUUCCGCCACCUCCUGCCGAAGCAGGUGCUGGUGCAGGAGGGAUAAACAGCACAAUAAAACGUGGCUCUGGCGCAGCAUCCUCAGCGUCAGCAAGACAUAGUACAACCACAAAGAAAUUGUUCAAGUCCGGUGACGCCAGUCCGACAAGGAGUGCAGCAAGUGCGCCUUUUGUGCGAUACACAGGUGGAUGGCGGGAAAACCGUUUUCAUGGUGAGGGAAAACUCGAAACGCCCGAUAUGUUGUACAAAGGAACCUUUCAAGACCACAAAUUUCACGGAGAAGGUCGUCUGAAACUCAGCAGCGGCGAAAGAUAUCUUGGUACUUUUCUCGACUACAAUCUAUCUCUGGUUGAUGAAGAAUUUUUCACGUCGCAAUCACCUUCAUGUCAUGCCCAGCUUUUGGGUGUUUUUGCAUUGUACGAAGCCGAGAUUGAUCUUCGCCAUACUCACAAGCACAACAUCCACCAAUCCCAUCAUAAUCAACGUUAACCAAACUGAAACUUUCUGAUCCUGCCCCCUUGAAAGAUUCACUCAACAUAUUUUCUUCAGGUCAGUUUUCUCUUUCUUCGUAUGAAGGAGAAGGUUUUCAGCGGACAGCGGAGGACGUGAGUGGAUGCGGUGGAACCAUAACCUAUAUUGGACAAUUCGAAUCAGGGCGCAGAAAUGGAACGGGAGCUGGCCGAUGUAACGCCACCGGCUUAACUUACCAUUAUGUGCUGCUCAUCACUUACAUUGUUGACUUUUACUUGUAGUAACUUGCGAUACAAAAACGGAUACGUAGUAGCACGUGCUCUUCUUUGACUUUCUUCGCAUAUUUUCAGUAGUGCAGCUUACGUUGCUCUUCAGGUGCCUCACCCUGUUCGUCGAAAAGUAAGUGGUAUGAAAAAUAUCUAGAAUACAUGGAUACGCAUCUACAAGGACCUAGUAGAACUACAUUUACGUCUUGUGGUCAUCGCUCUAAUUCGAAGGUGUAUGGGCAGAUGAUUACCCAGUCGCGCAAAGUUCAGCUCUGGACGUGCUCGACCACGUCAGCGGAGAGCGCGUGCUUGUUAGAGGUACUUGAAUCUUCUUUCCUCAGGUAGCUCCUUGGUCGCAGCACCAAACAAGGCAUCAUGACAUCUUCGUCUACCUGUAGUGGUAUCGGAACUUGUUCAAAAACUAACAACCCUCGUAGAAUGCUCUUCCUCUCGCUUCUCUCACGUGAUCGUCAAGAACUCUGCUUAAAUUUCUGAAUACUAUUAAACAGCACCAACCGAGGACGGUUCUCCUGGAGAAAUCCAGCCAGUCAAUCUUAACGCAGACCAACUUCCGGUUUCUUGGCUCAUUACCUCAGUCGACCAAGAAGGAGCGCCGGUCAGACAAGAAGGCGGCCGGCUAAUACGUAACUAAGUACGUGUUAUAGAAGCUUCGUGCUAAGUACGUUGUUCUUUAGGAGUUUUAGUCAUAGUCAUUACCUCAAGAUUCUGCUUGUGCUGUUUCAUCUCGCUGGUAGUACAAAAGGGGUAUUAAUAGUACUAGUACUUCUUGAUCAGACCACCACGUGAUGAUAAAUACAGCGUCCUUUCACGUCAAUCGGCAUUUCUUAGGUGUUUUCCUGUGUCCGAAAGAUCUUACCCCUGAGGAGGAGGAGGCUGGAGUAGCUCUAGACGCUCCAGCACGACGUCUGCGGGAAACAGAGGGCACAAUUGAAGGUGGUGAUUUGCUUCUCACGUGGACAAGCCUGCCAGAAGCUGGGUCCUAUCAGGUUUACAUAGUUGACGUCACACGAGUCGCAGAUGACGUGGCCGCUGCAUCUGCAACAGAACCGCCAAAAAGCUGCUUUUGCAAACUAGAUGUGUGCACGUUUCCCGCGGUUGUUGCAUAGAGGAUGGCAGCAGGAAGUCUUGUUUCGUGUGAUCUUUGUACCUACAACUCAUCAUGUUUCGAUUUCAUAGCUGGUUUUGUACAGUAGUUGUAACAUUCAACAUUCAGACCUUCUGAAUACAAACACAUCAACAUCUUCUAGAACUUUUACGAUAAAAACAAAGUUGUAACUGUAUAGCGUGCAUGCGCUGUCCAUCAUAAAGCAACAAAUACAAUAAUACCGAUUCCGUUGUGAAGAUGGAGAAUGUGAAGCUUCAAUACAUGAGAUUUUUGUCAGGACUUUCUUACAAACACAAGCCAGAAGAGAUAAACGGAGAAUAAUUAGUACACUUCGAAUCUGAAUACAUGCUUCUAGCGUCGCGACGGUCUACCACAUGAACACUGCACAGCACAAGACACAUGCCAUAGCUGACGCCCAUCAUUCAAUGCUUUGAGAAUAUAACUACCAUAUGACACUUUCAAGACAAGGCAGCAAAAGCAGAAGCAGAGCCGAAAAUAAAUUCAGUGAUCCAUGAAUAUCAACACGAUUACACGGCUAUGGAGAACGGACUCUGCACCUCACAGAAGGAUGAACGAGCCGCGGCACGCACCAAACCGGAAGUUCCUUUGAUGUUUGUGAAGAGGGGAGCAAGCCGCUCCUACUUCAAGGAAAUUGAUGCAAAAAGGGCAAACGCAAAGAGGCAUGCCGCGUUCUGCUUUUUGCUUUAUUUUAAACUCCUCAUUCGAAUUCGCUGC